AUGUCUGUUUGCCACGAGGUCACGAACACGUCCUGUGUGGCAAGCCGCUGGCCGAGGGAUGUCCGCGCGCCCCUGUACAGCCUCAUGGCGCUCAUCAUUCUCACCACUCUGGCGGGGAAUUUGAUAGUGAUCAUCUCCAUCUCGCACUUCAGGCAGCUUCACAGCCCCACUAACUGGCUCCUGCAUUCCAUGGCCAUGGUGGACUUUCUGCUGGGCUUCCUGGUCAUGCCUUACAGCAUGGUGAGGUCUGUGGAGCACUGUUGGUAUUUUGGAGAAAUCUUCUGCAAAAUUCACACCAGUGCGGAUAUUAUGCUGAGCUCAGCAUCCAUUUUCCAUUUGUCUUUCAUCUCCAUUGACCGCUACUACGCUGUGUGUGACCCGCUGAGGUACAAAGUCAGGAUGAGUCUCUUGGUUAGCGCUGUGAUGAUCUUCAUUAGCUGGAGCGUCCCCGCCGUUUUUGCAUUUGGAAUGAUCUUCCUGGAGCUAAACUUCAAAGGAGCUGAAGAAAUGUAUCUGGAACACAUUCACUGCAGAAGUGGCUGCUCCAUCUUCUUCAGCAAAAUAACGGGGGUGCUGGUCUUUAUGAUUUCUUUCUAUAUACCUGGAUCUAUUAUGUUGUGUGUCUACUGUAGAAUAUACUUCGUAGCUAAAGAGCAGGCAAGAUCAAUUAAAGGCACAAAUCCGAACCUUCAAACUGGAUUGGAAGUGAAAGCCGGAGUGUUACAAAGCAAAGAAAGGAAAGCCAUGACAACAUUAGGGAUCGUGUUGGGAGUUUUCUUAAUAUGCUGGUGUCCGUUCUUUGUCAGCAUGGUCGCGGAUCCUUUCCUUAACUAUACUAUUCCACUGGCUUUGAAUGAAGCACUGAUUUGGUUUGGCUACUUGAACUCGACUUUUAAUCCAAUGGUUUAUGCGUUUUUCUAUCCCUGGUUCAGAAAAGCAUUGAAGAUCAUUUUACUUGGUAAAAUUUUCCAGAAAGAUUCAUCCAGAUGUAAAAUAUUUUUAGACUCGAGUCCAUAA